CUUCUCGCUAAAACCCUAAUCAGUAGUAACAAAUUUCUGACUCUGAAAGGACCAGAGACAGUUGAGAGAGGGAGAGAGCAGAGAAAAAUGGCGAGAAGUUCAAUUCUUCGCUCCCAAGUUCUGCGCCAAGCACUUGGCUGCAACAAGCUUAGUCCAGCAGUAUCUUGUAAUCUUAGUUCUGGUAAUUCUAGUUCCUACGAAACCCUACUAUCGCCGAAUCCAACCCCAUCACUCUCCCAUCCGAGUCCUUCUAAACCCUUCUCCUCCAUCUCGUCCAAUCCCACCACCGCCACGGGAUUUCGCUUUUCGAAUCUUCCAUUCCUGCUAUCCCGACCCUUUUCAUCUUCCUCAGGUCCAUCCAACAUUCUUCUCAUUAAGUCGGAAAAUGAAUUCAAUAGUACACUUGGCAAGGUUCAAGACGAAUCUUUGCCGGCAGUUUUCUAUUUCACUGCAGUCUGGUGUGGACCUUGCAGGUUCAUAUCUCCUCUCAUUGAAGAGUUGAGUGAGAAAUACCCUCACGUGAAGACAUAUAAGAUUGACAUUGACCAGGAAGGACUUGGAAGUGUAUUGAGCAAGUUACAAAUUACCUCUGUGCCAACACUCCAUUUUUUUAAAACGGGGAAAAAGGCUGUUGAAGUAAUUGGCGCUGAUGUGGCUCGCUUGAAGGAUACAAUGGAGAAACUCUACAAGACUGACUGAGGAUACCAGAGGGAAUGGAUGGCAGAGGAUGUAUAAUUUGAUGUCUUAAUAACCUUUUAAAGUAAAUUCAAGAAAUUAAUGAGAUCGCUUGGUGCAAUAUUAUAAAAGAAAACAAAAAAUUGUAUGUGGUCGGUCAGGUUCACUUUGUCUUUUUGGCCAAGAGGAAAAGCUAACUUUGCCACUUUUUCGUUUAUGUAUGUUUAUGGAUUUCUGUCU